AUGAAGUUUGCUACCAUCGCCUCUAUCCUCUCCGCCGUUGGCGUUGCUACCGUCGCUGCCGCCGACGCUGCCUCGUCUUCCGCCGCGACUUGCGUUCCCUUCGAUGGCAUCUGCUACCAAAAUGGCAUGAACUACGGCACUUGCUGCGACGGUGGCAUCUGCGCCGGCUCUCGCUGCCGCAACCCCAAAACCGAGACCGGGACCAUGUCCAUGGCUUCGUCCACGGCUACGGCGCAGCCUACUUGCGUUCCCUUUGACGGCAUCUGCUUCCAGAACGGCAAGGACUACGGUGCUUGCUGCGACGGCGGCAUCUGCGCCGGCUCUCGCUGCCGCAACCCCCAGACUGAGGGCACUGCUAAGCCCACUACCACCCCGAUGUCGAACGGAAACGGCCAGACCCAGACUGGUGUCCCGACCGGUGGUGCCAAAGUCACUCAGAUUGGUGACGGCCAAAUCCAGGCCCCCACUGGCGCCCCCACGGUUCCCGUCGUCGUCGCUGGCGCUGGCAAGGCCAUUCCCGGCCUGGCUGCUGCUGGUGCUGCUGCCGCUUUCCUUCUGUAA